AUGGCAGCGGGCUACGCGGAGCAGCUCCUGGGCCGGGUGUCGAGCCUGGUGCAGACGUGCACCCGGCGCGUGUCGCGCGCCACCCGGCGCCUCCUCCGGCACAGGAAGAAACCGGCGGCGGCGCUGUGCGCGCGCGGGGCGGCCAUCGACAAGAAGGGCAGCGAGGUGGCCCUGUGGAGCCGGCGGAUCCUGAUGGGGGAGCGGUGCCAGCCGCUAGACUUCGUGGGCGCCAUCCACUACGACAGCUUCGGGCGGCGGCUGGCGCGGCCGCCCACGCCGCGCUCCGCGUCCUCCCUGUCGUGCCGCUCCUCCGGCAGCGCCGCCGCCUCCGACGAAGACGCGAGCUACCUGGAGAACGCCGACGCCUGA